AGUCCUCCUGCACAACUGAGACUAGAUCUGCUUUCAGAUCUCAGCAUCACUGCAUCUGUCAAUGAUCCAAACAUUUACAGGAUCUUUGAUGAUGAAGUAGCCUUUCUGCACAACACAAUAUGUGUGAUUAAUGUGCGGUGCAAUGAUAUAAUUCUCAUGCAUCAUCUCCCAUCUGAGACUUUAGUGCAUGUAUUCUAUUUUCUGGCAGUAAUCAAUCCCCCAUGGAUAUGUGACCUGGGAUGGAUCAAAAUCUCAUAUAUUUGCAGAUACUGGAGAGAAGUUGCUUUGGAGUAUCAGAAACUGUGGUCAAUAAUCAAUCUUGACCUUGGCAAAUCAUGUGUUUUGGAAAUGUCUACAUGUGCAAAAUAA